AUGUCAGCUUGUAGAGCACUUGAGGCAGACAUUGUUUCCGAAUUCAGCUUCGGUGAAGCAAUUGGUGCUGUUGAUGCAUGGCACGAUAGAAAAGAAUUGGACAUGGUCUCUGCAAAUGAUGAAAUAGCUACAUGGAUGCCAUUAUUGACUAACUUUCCUGGAUUAUUCGGUGCGCUGAGCUCUCUCAGAUAUAUUCUUAAAAAGACUACAGGAUGCCAAAUCCCAGAUAGUCGCCAUCUUCAAGACUUUCGUGGCUGGGCUGAAAAGACUUGCCGCAGUGCUCUCCUUGAAAAGACUCCAUACAACCAUAAUUUGAUACACACAUUGACACGAUCCGGUCUACCACUAAAAACAGCACUAUCAGAGGCCAAAGAAAACCUGGGUCCAGGAACUGAUACAACUUCAGCAACCCUCGCGCACAUUAUCUGGGCUCUUAGCCAUAAUCUUCAAUUCCAAGGACGUUUAUUUCAGGACCUUCAGAACAUCAGAUUCUCCAGCGCUAUCUCCGAUCUUGAAGCGGUACCAAGACUACGUGCAUGUGUAAAAGAGGGAAUUCGUUGGACCGGAGCUGCUGCAGUGAUGUUGCCUCGAAUUGUUCCACAAGGCGGAAUCGAGCUUCACGGCAAAUUCAUCCCUGAAGGAGUCAUUCUCUCUUCUUCGCCCAUUUGGUACCUUAGAGACGCGAUUGCAUUCCCUAAUCCUAAAGACUUCGAUCCAUAUCGAUGGCUUACUCCGGAUGGGUUGGAGUUCAGCCACAACCAACUUAGAGAUAAAUUCUAUAUACCGUUCUCAAAAGGGGGAAAUACGUGUAUCGGAGCCCAAUUUGCUUAUGCUGUACCUGUGUUUGGACAGUAUCUUCUGGCUGGGGUACCGUUACCGGCCGUGAACAUAACUUUGUCGAAUCCUGGGAACAGCACAAUAGAAUUCGCGGUUACCAGCAAUAUCACUGUUCCUGACAAAUUCAAAAUCAAUCUUCAGCCAGCAACAAUAUCCUUCUUUCAGAACGGCCCCGAUCCAGGAAGCAGUCCAUUCGCUACCGUAGAUCUUCCCGAAACCACCUGGUAUUCGCGCGAGAAAGUUGGAGUUGUGAACCAGACAUUGCAACUUAAAAACCUGACGGAAUUCACGAAGCUGAUACAACAAGUCGCCUACUAUCCCACUUUCAAAGUGUCAGGACGCACUAGAGCCAAGGUACAUGUUGGGCCAAUCAAUACUUGGGUUGACCUCUACAAACUCGUCGAGUUAACAGGGUUUGAUGUUCGACAAAUUGGAAUACAAAAGCCAGACGCAGAUGGUAAUGACGUUUAUGGAGAAGUUGUUGUGUAUAAUCCAUCCCCAGCCAGUGUUACGUUGGGCGACGUUACUCUGGACGUUCUCAUAGGGGACGUCGUCGUUGGUCAAGCUUCCACUACCGUGAACAAUAUAGUUCCGGGUAACAACACUUUUGAGAUAAGAGGAAAGCUUAACUCAACAGCAGUACUGAACGAUACGUUGGCUUUGGUGAAAACCGAGCUACCCUAUUUUGAACAAGAGUUGGUCGUUGCGUCGGCAAGAGGCCGUUCAGUGGUAUAUGAUGGCCAACAUCUACCCUACUGGGAGGAUGCAUUUCAGCUGCUCAGAAUAACUGCUACCAAACCAGUUCUUCCCCUUUUAAAUGCCUUGGUAAAUAGCACAGCAGAUGAAUUACUUGGAGAUAACCAGUUCGCGAGUCCGGCACUCAACUUUCUGGUGGAUCUAUUGAUCCGACUGCUCAAGAGCAUACCUCCGCAGGAAGAAGCUGGUUUUGAGCAGGUAGUCAGUGAAGUCGCUGCCAUUGCGGUGAAAAUCUUUCAAGGAUUGGGUCUGCUAUAG